GAAAGAUUAUUCACACAUGAAACGAAGAGAAGAAAAAAAAAACAAAAAAGAGAUAUUAAUUUCAACUGCAAAAGCAAGCAUGCAUCGUUGAUCAUUACAUGCAUGCACGCAUGCACGCGAUCUGGUUUUUCUCCACAAAGCUACAUGCAUGAGCUUGACACCAUCGCCACGUUCUGAAUUCUCCAUUUUCCAAAUUCCGAUUCCGAUUCCGAUUCCGAUUCACCGCCAACAACAAUCGCAAUCUCACGACUCAAUUUCCCCGAAACAAACACCACUCUUCCACCGUCGGAGUUCCAAUUAGGGUUUCGUUUCCGUUCCGUCAAUGGCGUCGCCGCGGCGAGAGUGAAAGACUCUCGACUCCGAUGGGCAACAACUGCGUGGGACCGAACGUCGGCAACGGCUUCCUCCAAUCCGUCACGGCGAACUUGUGGAAGACGCGCCCGCCGGAGUCGCACCUCCCGCCGCCAGCCUCCGCCGACGCGAAGGCACUACCUCCGUCGCAAACCACCGAUUCGUCGAAAGAUCCGGAGCCGAAGCCCAGCCCCAAGCCUUCGGAUUCAGAUCCUCCGAUGUCGGUCCAGAACACGCCGCCGGAGCAGGUCAAAAUCCCGCCGGACGCCGCGAAGCCGCUCCCGCUGGACCACGAGAAACCGUCUCCGCCGGUGACCAGUGAAAACAAACCGAAGAAACCGACUCACGUGAAGCGCUUGUCGAGCGUGGGGCUCCAGGUGGAGUCGGUGCUCGGUCGCAAGACCGAGAACAUGAAGGAGUUUUUCAGCUUGGGGAGGAAGCUAGGUCAGGGGCAAUUCGGGACCACGUUCCUGUGCGUUCAGAAGGGGACGAACAAGGACUUCGCGUGCAAAUCCAUCGCGAAGAGGAAAUUGACGACGCAGGAGGACGUGGAGGAUGUGAGGAGGGAGAUUCAAAUAAUGCACCACCUCGCGGGGCACCCCAACGUGAUUCAGAUAGUGGGGGCUUUCGAGGACGCUGUGGCGGUGCAUCUGGUUAUGGAGCUUUGUGCUGGUGGGGAGCUCUUUGACAGGAUCAUUCAGAGGGGGCAUUACACCGAGAGAAAGGCUGCGGAGCUUGCCAGGGUCAUUGUUAGUGUUGUGCAAGCUUGUCAUUCUCUUGGGGUCAUGCAUAGGGACUUGAAGCCAGAGAAUUUUUUGUUCAUCAACCAUGAGGAGGAGUCGCCGCUUAAGACCAUAGAUUUUGGCCUCUCUGUUUUCUUUAGACCAGGUGAAACAUUUACUGAUGUGGUUGGAAGCCCUUACUAUGUGGCCCCUGAAGUUUUGCGGAAGCACUAUGGUCCAGAAUGUGAUGUUUGGAGUGCUGGGGUGAUCAUCUACAUUUUACUCAGUGGAGUUCCCCCAUUUUGGGAUGAAACGGAACAGGGAAUAUUUGAGCAAGUUUUGAAAGGAGAGCUUGACUUUAUGUCUGAACCUUGGCCUAGCAUAUCUGAAAGUGCAAAGGAUCUUGUUCGAAGGAUGCUUGUAAGGGACCCUAAGAAGCGGAUGACAGCACAUGAAGUUCUUUGCCACCCAUGGGUUCAGGUUGGAGGUGUCGCUCCUGAUAAACCUCUUGAUUCUGCUGUCUUGACUCGUUUGAAGCAAUUCUCUGCAAUGAACAAGCUCAAAAAAAUAGCUAUUCGAGUAAUUGCUGAAAGUCUGUCCGAGGAAGAAAUUGCAGGACUGAAAGAAAUGUUCAUGAUGAUAGACUCAGAUAAUAGUGGACAGAUCACUCUUGAGGAACUGAAAAAUGGUUUGGAGAGAGUGGGUUCCGUUCUUAAGGAUUCUGAAAUUACUUGGUUGAUGGAAGCGGCAGACGUUGAUAACAGUGGUACCAUAGACUAUGGUGAAUUCAUAGCAGCUAUGCUUCAUCUAAACAAGAUCCAGAAGGAGGAUCAUCUAUAUGCAGCAUUCACAUACUUUGACAAAGAUGGAAGUGGAUACAUUACACGAGAUGAGCUCCAACACGCCUGUGAACAGUUCGGCUUGAAGGAUUACCAACUAGAUGAAAUAAUGCGUGAAAUUGACCAGGAUAAUGAUGGACGUAUUGAUUAUAGUGAGUUUGCUGCAAUGAUGCAAGACACUAAUUUUGGCAAAAAGGGGUUUCAACCACAAUGAGUAAAAUUAUAUACAGAUGCUGCAAGCAUAUUAGCAAACUCUUGAUCUUGCCAAAUGGGGACUUGAUAGAUAGUCUCACUCACAGCUAGCAUAUUCUCUUCCACAGGCCAGGUUAUGUAAGUACAAGCACUUAGAAAUUGUAUGAUCGAGCUUCAGGGAGAGGAAGCUUAAAUAUUGGCCUGCUAAUUGUAGUGUUUAUGUAUUUACAAAUCAUUCUUUUGUUGAAUAUAUAACCUAGUGCAGUAGAUCACAGUUUUUUCUGUUGAAUCUGUAACCCUUUUUAGGGGGUAAAUGGAUGGUAGAACGAUUUUUCAGCAUGUGAUCUAAGGGCGUCAUUGAGUACUCAUUCACACUACAUCAAAUUGUGAACAAAUUUCCAAAAGCAGUGUUGAAGGGCAUGAAUUUAUGCGAUAUGAAUGCUCAUCCAGCUUUGUGAGUCUUGUGAAUGCCAUGCCAUCUUUCAGUCAGUCUCAAAUCACGUUCUCAUGCUGAAUAUCAUGUUGUAUCAACUCAUGUACCCUGUUUGCAUUCAUGUAUAGAGUUAGAGCCAAGUUUUUUGUACCUGUUGGUUUUAUGAUGUUCCACUUUAAAUGUAUACACAAUCAACAUUUUCUUUUUUGAAACUUUCUAGUUUUUUUGCCAAUGACACGAGUCGAUGAAUUUGAUCAUGAGAUGUAAUAUUGUUGUGAACCUCUUUGGGAGCACAAGAAAAG